UAAAACACGAUUUCUCUCUGAAUCCCUAAGUUUUCAUUUCUUCUCUAAAUCCCUAAGUGUUGAACCCUUCCCUCACACUUGAACCCUUCUCUCACACUUGAAUCCAUCACCGAAUCUGAUUCCUAAAUCCCUAAGGGUCGAACCCUUCCCUAAAUGCAGUGAGUAUCGCCGAGUCCAUCACCGAAUCCCUAAAUGCAGUGAGUAUCGCCGACCGAAUCCAUCACCGAAUCCAUCACUUUCAGAGUCGGUCGCCGUCGCCGUUCAGAGUUUGUCGUCGCCGUCGCCGUUCAGAGUUGAACCUGGUCCCCUGUAUCCUGGUGAAUUUCGAUAAACAACAAAUCGUAGUUUGGAGGGGAAGGAUUAUAAGCACUUGAAAGUAAAUGGAUCGUACUUGGAUGUACAAUAGGGUACAUAAAAAUAGACACGGAUUGAAAGAGGAGUAUGUUAGUGGUGUUAAAGAUUUUGUGAAGAGGGCUUUGAAACAACCGAUUUGUAUAUCUGAGGGAGGGAUAAGGUGUCCGUGCAUAAAAUGCAAGUGUAUGAAGAUAUCUGCAGCAACUACUGUUAGACUUCACUUGUACCGGGAUGGAUUUCAACCUGAUUAUUGGAUUUGGACUGAACACGGAGAAGUGAAGCCAAUGGUUGAAACAGGAGGUGGUUCGACUAGUAGUAGGAUUGUGCAUCACGACGACCAAUUGAAUGCAAUGGAUGAAAUGGUGUUUGAUGCUUUUAGGCCUUAUCGAGAUGUCCUUGAUGUGAACACUAACAUGGGAAAUGAGACAUUUGCUGAGGAUGAGUUGCCUAACGAAGAUGCAAAACGGUUUUAUGACAAGUUGAUAUCCACCAACAAGCCCAUCUACGAGGGGGCUACCCAAUCAAUGUUAUCAAUUUGUGUUCAACUUCUGGCAAUUAGGUCUAAUUGGCAUGUUCCACAAAAAGGUAUAGAUUUUGUUACAAAAAUGCUUAAAAGUGUAUGUCCAGUGCCAACAUGCUUGCCCGAUAACUAUUACCAAGCAACACAAUUGGUUUCAAAGUUAGGGUUGAAGGUUGAGAAGAUUGACUGUUGUAAGAAAGGAUGUAUGCUAUAUUACAAGGAUGAUAACAAGUUAUCUGAGUGUAAAAUUUGUCAUUCUCCUAGGUUCAUUCCACGUAAGACUGGUAUGAGAAAAUACAAAGAUGUUCCAGCAAAAAGAAUGUUUUAUUUCCCUAUCAUUCCUAGAUUACAAAGAUUGUAUGCAUCAACAGAGUCUGCAGCUGAAAUGAGAUGGCAUCACGAGAAUAAAAAGAGUUCAAAUGUCCUUCGCCAUCCAUCUGAUGGAAAAGCGUGGAAACAUUUUGACAAUGUAUAUCCUGACUUUGCUAGUGACCCCAGAAAUGUAAGGUUGGGUUUAUGUUCAGAUGGAUUUACUCCUUAUGUUCAGAUGGAUUUACUCCUGUUGGCCAGUUAUACUCACUCCAUACAAUCUUCCCCCUGA